GAAAGUGAAACAUGCCAAAAAGAUCUGAAAAGAGAUAAAGGAGUACAAUGACGCACGCCCAAGCCCAUCGCCAAUAAUGUUGCGUGGCCCAAGGCAUCUAGGGAAAAGAAAACUCUGGCUAAUGUCGUACGUAUCACACACACGUCGCGUCACGAGCAUACUACGUACCAUGUCGAUGUCGCCUUCCGCUUCCGCCACCUUCCAUUUCUUUCUAGGCUCCUCGCCACUCGUCCCCAACCUUCCACCGCUCGCUCACUCUCUAGACUCCUCCAUUCCAUCGCCACCUCACCCAAGCCUCCUACAUAAGCCUCGACGCCGCACCGCCUCCGUCUCCCCCAUCACAUCACAUCCAUCCGGUCACACAGUCCAAUCCAGAACAACAAGAGCUCAAGAAGAUGGCGCACAUGCGCGUGGUGCACAGGGACGAGGAGGGCCACAAGGUGGCGGAGAAGGUGGCGGUCCCGGAGACGAGGCGGCCGGACACGGCGAAGCACGUGGAGCGCAAGCUGGAGGAGCAGGGGCUGCACCGGCUGGAGCGCCACCCGGCCAACGCGCCCCGCGGGGUCGGCAUCGGCGCGCCCCCGCCCAAGUCCGGCCGCGGCGGCAAGUACACCUGGGAGGGACCCGAGGGGCUCGUCGACAGCGAGCUCGACCCCGCGCCCGCCGCCAUCGACCGCAACGACCCCAACUACGAGGAGGAGGAGGAGGAGGCGGUCGUCGGGGAGGUGGGGGUCGCCAAGGUGGCCCGGGCCCGGGCCGGCGUCGCCAGGGUCGAGGUCGCGCCGCCGCUCCUCCAGGAUGACCAGCACUAGGUAGGAUAGGAAGGAGCUCAUCUGAUCGUCGCAGGCGUGCGUGCGUGCGUCCCGUCGUCGUGUCGUGUGGUGUUCAUCUUGGUCUGUGCUUGCCAUGCAUGUGUAACUAUAGAUAAUAAUCCAGCGACCAGCGUGGAAGUGGAACAAGCGAAUCAAAUUAACCAACAAUCUGAUUUCUUCUCUAAUUAUUA